GGAGAACAGUGACCUAGAAGUGUGAUUUGUUUAUACGUUAUUCGAGUUGUCCAAAGCAAAGAGCCAUGGUUCAAUCCAAGACCUGGGUCCUGGCCCGUCACUUUGAAGGCUUCCCGGAGGACAGCAACUUUCAGCUGAAGCUGGAGCAGCUGCCAGAGCCUAAAGAUGGAGAGGUGCUUCUCGAGGCACUGUUUCUCAGUGUGGAUCCAUACAUGAGACCGUUCAGCCGACUGCGUAUGAAAGAGGGGGGAGUGAUGAUCGGAACUCAAGUGGCCAAGGUGAUCCAGAGCAACAACUCAACCUUCCCAAUUGGGUGCCAUGUGGUUGGUAGAUGCGGCUGGAGGACUCACACUGUGUCUGAUGGGACAGGCCUGACACGCCUUCUGUCUGACUGGCCACAGGAGGUCCCCAUGUCCCUGGCUCUGGGGGCCAUCGGCAUGCCUGGGUUAACAGCCCUGUACGGUCUGGAGGAGGUGCUGGGGCUGCAGGCUGGAGACACCCUCCUGGUGAACGCUGCAGCUGGGGCCGUGGGCUCCGCUGUGGGCCAGAUCGCUAAGAUCAAGGGCUGCAGGGUGGUGGGCUCCACCGGGUCUGACGCCAAGGUGGCCUUCCUCAAGGAGCUGGGCUUCGAUGAGGCCUUCAACUACAAAACAGUCAGCUCUCUGGAGGAGGCCCUGAAGACUGCCUCACCUGACGGAUACCACUGCUUCUUUGAGAACGUGGGAGGCCCUUUCUCUAGUGUGGCCAUCCCUCAGAUGAAGGAGUUUGGAAGGAUAGCCUUGUGCGGGGGCAUCUCAACAUACAAUGACACCACUCCACAAACAGGUCCCUACCCCCAGCUGACCAUGAUCUUUAAGCAGCUGAAGAUGGAGGGCUUCCUGGUGGGCAGGUGGGAGCAUAAGAACCAAGAGGCUCUGAGGAGACUGAUGGCCUGGAAGAGGGAGGGGAAACUGCAGUGUCGUGAGCAUGUCACUGAAGGCUUUGAGAACAUGCCUGCUGCCUUUAUGGGAAUGCUGCAGGGAGACAAUAUUGGAAAAGCCAUUGUUAAAGUUUAGAUGGCUUCAAUGGAUACUCUAUCAUAGAAUUAGAAUUCAUGGAACAUUCCCAUAGGAACGCCAAACUAUAACCAUGACAUUGCAUUCUGGAAUCAUUUUUCUAUAGUGCAUUCAUAGCACAACCUUAUUAUACACAUCAUAGUCCGUCC